CGGAGCUUUCUUUAAAAUGGCUACACCGGUAUGUCUGGAAUUAGCCGAUGGUCAGCUAAGGGAUGUGGGCAGACCUUGAGGCUAUCUUUGGACACCAGAGAAGCCAAUGCUUCUCACGCUCCCACCUGCUUGGACUUUUACAUCUUCUCAAGAAACUUAGACCAAGGGGACGAACAACGCUAGUCUCUUUAAGAGAUGUUACGAUCUGUACUUUACAGUCAGAUCUAUUUUUGCGAUUUAUAGACUUAAUCCCUUGGAUACACAUAUGCCUGCAUGUUAUUGGCAUUACUAGAGUUUGAACCUUUUCUAACAGUUUGACAGCUAACUGCUUUAUUAAUGUGCUGUGACGAUGCUGAUAGUGACGUUCUUCGAAGAGCGGACCUGUAAAGCCUGAUUCAGCUCCAGGUGUGAUGCUCAGGUCACAUCUGCAGGUCACGUCUGCAAUAUGGAAAACUACAGCAUUCCUAAACGACUCCUAUAUUUAUUACACUUGUUAAAAGAAAAAGAAGACACUCAUAAUGAACCAAUAAAAGGAUCCAGUUCAAAUAAAGUCCAGGAGUUUCCGCCAAGUCGAACCAAUCAAAUCGUGUGGAUGAAUGUUUGACCCAAGUCAUUGUUUCAAUCUAAGAACGCUACAGUGUUGCGACAUAAGCCCACCGUUUUAAACCGCCACCAGACUGAAGUCAAAGACAGAUAUUCAACGCUGACAUAAAAAGAGAUUAGAAAUAAGAACACUUUCAUCUGUAUCUAAAUCUGAUUGUUCGGUUCUUGAGAGAAAUUUCUGUCUUGAAGUUUCAACCCAGACAAUGCCGCUCGGCACUAAAACUUAGGCCCUGGUUGAAGUGCCGCAUUUGAAGCAAUAUUAAAUUCUCUCGUGGAAUUGGUUUGGAAAUUCGAUCAACAUUCAGCUAGUUUAAAAAAAAAUAAAAAAUGUUAAGUUCUUAUUUUAGUACAAUGCGGAUUUGUUUUUGGUAUGACAGUAUUUAAAUAAUUCAACUCUUAGAUUAUAAAAAUAAAAGUUAUGAGACGGGUAUGAAAACUUUAUAGACUGACAUUUAAAUUCUGACUUUUAGUCAUCUAAGAAGUUUACGGCGUAUAUAAAUUGGGAUACUUACUUCAAGCCCUGUGACAGACGAAUCAGAAGAUGUGAUAUGCACUUCAGAUACAUCUGAUUGCACAUGUAAAUACAAACAAUUGGUCUAACAAGUUGGCAGGCACUAUGUCCAGCUUGGUGUCCACUGUCGCAAGCCUGCCUACUUCCACCGUCACAGCAGCUAACGUAACGCACUUCUACGACCAGACAUCGGUCGGGCUGCAGGAGACUGUCCUUGACCGAAGGUGCCGGUACAGAGGUCAUUGGUAUCCGGCUGAAACCUACAGGUUGAUAACUUGCGCCUACUGUUACCUGUUUGUUUACAAGAAGACCUGGCGCGUGACGGCCACCUACCCGUUUGAGAUUGUAGUUGGCGAAAAUGGACUGGGCGAACGCCUACGCGCUGAUCUCAGCAACGAAACGGCUGUGAGCCAAGUCUGUAGCUCCUUGAAGCCCCCAGAGGAAUGUAAACUCUGGAAGACGUGCUGCAAAGAAGCAGAGAAGUGUUGUGAGAGGCAACUUAAGGAGGGCCCAGGAAUACAUCCGGAUCACGGGAAAACCGUCUGUCCCAGAACGUGGGAUGGCUUCGCUUGUUGGUCAGACACUUCCGUUGGAAGGACAGAGUCCAUUGAAUGUCCAUCCUAUGUGCCGGACGUUUUCUCUGGAACUCAAGCGUACAAGACAUGUACAACUAAUGGCACAUGGCUUCAGAAAGAUGACUUUGAGUGGACGGACUAUUCCAAGUGUAACACCUUUGAGGAAUACAGAAAAGUGUACACAGCCUCCCUGGCAUGUAACACAAUCACCAUAAUCCUGGUCCUUCCGGCCUGUUUUAUUUUUCUCUACUUUAGACAGCUCCGGCAUCAACACAGGAUCCGGCUCCACAUUUGUCUGAUGCUGUCUUCGUUCCUGACGUCGGCCAGCAUGAUAACCUGGGACCUGGUCAUCGCCAGUAAUCGGAUGACGACCGCCAACAAGCAGGACACUUUCAUCCAUCAAAACUCAAUCGCAUGCAGGGUGCUACAACUGACCACCCGGUACGCCAACAUGGCGGCCUUCAUGUGGAUGUUUAUCGAGGGGUUCCAUCUCCAUCGCCUGCUCGUGCACGCCUUCUCAGUGCCCAAGUCGUUGUUACCUUAUUACAUACUGGGCUAUGGGAUACCAUGCGUUCCUAUUACGAUCUACGCCGCCAUCAGAGCUACAGACAGAACCUUCAACAAAGCAUGCUGGACGCCCAAUGCUGACUACUUUGAAUGGCUCCUGUACGCCCCUAUACUUCUGUCACUCCUGGUGAAUGUGUUCUUCAUGGUUCGCAUCGUCCACAUCAUGGUCAACCAACUGGAGCCUCAUCCUAACGAGCCGAGUACAUUUAGACGUGCUGUGAAAGCUGUGGGAGUCUUGAUGCCUCUGUUCGGGAUUCAGUUCCUUCUCUUCGUGUAUAGACCAGGAGAGCGCUACAGUAGCCUGUCCUUGGCCUUUGAAAUGACUUCGAAAAUCUGUUCUAGUCUACAGGGAGCAUUCAUUGCUAUAGUGUUCUGCUAUAUGAAUAAGGAGGUACGCGGCUACUUGAAGGCGUCUUUCACCAGGAUUGUGGGACGUACCAGACUGGGUCACGAUUUCGCGUCCAGGUCACUCACGCUGACCACUCAGUACCCCUCGGACGUCACCAGGACCAGGUCUGUGUGUGACCCGGAGGCCUCGUCUCAGAUGAUCCCCCUCAAGCCCGUCUACACGGGCAGCAGCAAAGGCGGCAACUGCCACGCCACGAACGGGGACGUCCGUCACGCUGGAUGCGGGGACGAGCUGGAGGACGAUCGUCUGCUGGACUCGGCUCGAACAUUGACAUGAGCUACUUCUCUCCCCAUUUAUAAUAAAUUAGGUCAAGGUCGUGGCAUUACACACGGUUAGAAAGACUCGUCUUUUGAAAACCCUGAUCCAUUGACUAAACACUAUUAUAUAACUGUCAAUUCAUGGCCAACACUACGGUGGGUCAAGACAGACAACUCCGGCUGUAUUUGGAAACCAAGGAGAUUAAAAACAAUGCGAUGCUGCAUCUCAAGACAUAUCCGUUCAUUAAAUGUUGUUGUUGUUGUUUUUCUAGCAUGUACUUUUUUUUUCUCGCGCACUCCUAUCAAUAGAAAGAGCCGAACGUCAUCAAAAUGAAAUCCUUACGCCAUUGAUGUCAACAUGCUAACUUUUCAUAACCUCUUUGUUAUUUAUGUGUAUGUUUCUGUUGUGUUGUCUUAAUAUGAGAGAAAAGAGUCCUUGUAAUCACAACAAAUUUCCGUCAGGAUCAAUAAAGCAGUCUUAGUCUUAGUCUUAGUCUUAGGCUUAUCCACUUUUUGAAAAGGAUAUUCAAGUUUGGGGAUUUACUUUUUUUUUUGUAAAUGUAGUUUUUAUGCUGCAACAAAAACCUUGUAAAAUCAGUUCAUCUAAACAUGAAAUUUGUUUUACAUUGUCAUAGAACAAUAUCGAGAUUAAUUCUUGUUCUUAUUUAAGUAGAAUGUUCAUCCAUCCCCCUUAUUGUGUGUGAAAUGUUAACAAAAUGAAUGUUCAUUAUGUAUCCAUAUGAACUUUUCCAGAAAGCUUAUUCAUUGGGCCUACCUUGGUAGUAAUCAGACAUCUAAGUUCUCUUGCUCCUUUCUUGAAUCUGGCGCCCCAGAUUUUUUAAUCAUUAAUUACCCACAAUUUUUUUUAGCAUUAAUUGCAUACAUUUUAUAGACCGGAAAAUCUUUUCCAUAUUGGAGACGUCCUCUAAUGGCGGAUCAUUAUAACUAGCUAGCUGUUUGGUGUUUCCGGUUUCAGAAAAUAGGAGGUGUUGAUUGGCUAUGUAAAUAAGAACGUGUGCAACACAUCGUCUGCACUUUUUAGCACUGUACAAUCACAUUUCUAAUUCUCUUAAAGCACAAACUAAUUUUUUUAAUAAUUUAGCCGGAAGCGGUGAUAUUUUAAAAUUGCGUCCUUGACAUUGUUUAGAAUCGAACAUUUCUUAAUAGUCUUCAUUUGUAAAUGAAACAAUCGCUAUAAUGUCCUAUUAAUGAGAUGUUGCUUCUGAGUUUCAUGCCAGUAUUUAUUUUGCGCCAUUUUGUAUCAGCGUCAUUAGCAUCCAUCGAGACAGUGUACUGGAUUUGUAUUACCACGAGAGAUGUAUGAACUCACAACACUAGUUGGGGACGCGGUGGCGGAGUGGUAAGGCGCUUGGCUCCGAACUGAGGAGUCUGUUCGAAUUUUGAAGAAGACUGAGAUUUUCUAAUUUCGGGAUUUUUUAGGGUGCCCAUGAAUUAAGGCAACUCUAAAGGUUACUUGGCUUUAGUUUUGGUGAAAAUUUAAGACGGUUGGUCGUUGUGCUGGCCACAUGGCACCCUCGGCCUCGUUAACCUUUGGGCAAAUGAACAGAUGACCUUGACUUAUAGAUCUCUAGGUCUAAAUAUUUUACCAUUAUCUUUAAAUCUCUUAGAGAUGUGGUCCCUUCUGUGGCGAAGGCUAACAAUCAGUUUCCUCCAAGCGUCUCGGUUCUGGGCGAGUCUCUCCAACUGUCCCUCAGUCCUGCCCAACUGCUCGGCCGCUGCUUCCAAAUCGCGGCGCCAUUAUUCCUGGGCCGCCCCCUCUUCCUCUUUCCUUGGAGGUUCCAGGUUUGGGCUUACCUUGAUAAGUUGGAUGCAGGCUUGCGAAGGUGUGACCUAUCAUCUCCAGCGUUUCUGAAGGAUAUCUACUUAAAUGGACUUUACCUUUACAUACCUUUAUAAUACUGGCACAGUUUUCACUUCAAUGUUUUUCAAGAAAAUAGAUGAGCAUCUCAGACCUGCGUUAUGUUUGGGGUUAUGGGUAAUAAUAAUGAUAAUCACUUAAAACAAAAUUUCAUUAAAUAAAUCUGAUUUCAUUUAAUUAGCCACUUGAAAUAAAAUGUAUGGAAUUAAUUACAUCAAUUUUCACAGAAAUAAAAAAAAAUCUCAUCAGCUAAACCAAAACCAAUCAUAAUAUAAAGCUCUUACAAAACAUUACUCGAUAAUUACAUAGGAUCACAUUGACCGUACAUAAUAUAAUAAUAUGUCAUAGCCUUAAAAACUAAAAGCAUAAGCUACAUAAAGGAUAUAACUUAAAAUAAAUCAAUAUUUAAAAAAAAAAUAACUAAUAAAUAUCUGAGUUCCUCGU